AUGAUACCUGACGAAAAGGUCAACUUCAGUUUUGCAAGCCCUGUAACGCGGUCCUAUACACUCCAUGUUGCAAAUGCUCAGUUUGGCUUGGACAUCCAGGCUUCGGAAGCUCACAUUGUCGGUUGGAAUGUGACAUCAAACGGUAUGCUGAACAAGUUCUCUAAGAUGUUUAUAUACAUAUUACUGAGACCAGAAUUGGUAGAUUGGAUCUACAAUGAAGCGAAGUGGCAACAAUUUGAUCAAGUCUUGGCGCUAGCAGCUAAAGAAGGAGUCAAAAUUAUAUUUCCAUUCAUCAACCAGGAUUUUGGGACAAGCGAGACCGAUUGGUGGGGAAAUUAUAUAGAUUUAAUACGAUAUCGCUAUAACUUGACCGAUUACGCCACAGCUCAGCAACAAGUGGAUUGGUUCACAGAUCUCUAUAUCCGUGAAGAUUUUAAGAAAAUCAUCACCUUUGCGCUCAAUCGACAGAAUACUGUCAAUGGUCGCAUUUAUGGACUAGAUGAUACAUUUUUGUGCUUUGAAACUGGAAACGAGAUGAAUUGGACUGAGCUUAUUUUCAGAAAUUCGACUACAAAUUCCACAUCGGUUGAGCUGCGGCACUUGAGACCUGCCCCAGCAAAUUGGACAAUUGAUAUUGCGCAACACAUCAAAUCACUUGCUCCUAAUACCCUCGUUAUGGAUGGAAGUUACUCUCGCAUCUAUAACGUCUCUGAAGUCUGGCCAGAAGAGACCUUGAGGUCGCCCUUUGUCGACUUGUUUUCCUAUCACGGCUAUGGUGACGCGGACAUUGCCUUCAUAAACAGGUGUGUUACUCAUAUCCGACGAGCUCUGGACGCCCUCAGAUUCCAACAGCGCGUUGAAGCUUUCAAUAAAACAUUUGUUGUAGGAGAACAUGGGUUUUAUUCUUCGCCUGCCAAACAUGAAGGAUUUUAUGCCAAUUUUACUGGUGCUGGAGCGUUAGCUUGGUCACUUCGACCUCAUUCAGAGGUGUCUGGAUUCAUCACCCAUGGUGAAGGCAAUAACAUAUUUAGCUUUCAUGCCCCUGGUUGGAGGAAUCAGACUGAUGCGGCCUUUGAUCAAAUUGAAUAUGAUGUAGUUCGUGGUACUUACGAAGCUAGUUACAAACUUCUACAACAUGACGUGGCUCCAUAUCCAAUUCCUCAUCGUCCAUAUGCUUUCUUUGCAACAAAUGGAAGUUCUGUAGGGAUCUCUUUCAAAGGAGCCGCCUGGGCUGAACGUUACGAGAUAUGGGCAGCAGGAUCUGACCAAUCUGAUUUCGUGAAAGUGGCAGACGAUGUCCUAGACAAUGUCAAUUCGGGAAAUCUCUUUAUUCCGAUCGAUCCAACUCAGCCCACAGCUCCUUUGAGGUUCCAUAGAGAGGUUUUGAUCAGAUCCAACGAAGAUCAGUCUGGAUGGAAGGAUACAAAGUGGAAGACUGGUGGGAGUGAAUCAGAGCAUAAAGUUUCUGUUCAAAUAGGUAAACAAGUUCAUGUGACUAUCAAUCCUCUUAGGGAGGAUAAUCCUUCGACAGCUCAAUCAGAAUCACAAUCAAUUGAUGGUUCAAGUCUUGGCGGAUGGUAUACCGUCAGAGGAGUCAGUGUAGAUGGUUACUAUGGACCCUUUUCACACCCAACAUUUGUGUCCACUCUUGAGGUCGAGGAUUGA